ACGAAUGAACUAGAGAAAGAAAUGAUAAUUUAAUAAAUCGACUAUUUGACACAUUGCGUUACAAGGUACAACAAUCGCUCGAAGCAUGGUUCAAGGACAUUGGUCGAGUUCCCUCCGAAAUUUUCGAAUAACAUUUGCUGUUUUAAAAUUAUCUUGACAAUAACCGAUGGGAUUACUAUAAUAUCUUUGAUGAUAAGAUGAGACAAACGGAAAUAAACAACGAACUUGUUCUGUUAAGGCAACCUGUUCAUCAGGCUCGUAUCUGUGUGGUAAGUAAGUUGAUCAGAGAAGCUAAAAAAUUACGCACUUAUCGUGGUAAUGAGAAACAACUGGAGAAGAACAAGACUAAAUCGGAUAAACUAUUGAGGGAAGUAUUUGCGUUAAAGCAUAUUAAGGAUGAUGAUAUAUCAACAUUUGGAAUAAUUAAUUUUGAACAUUUGCAAGAUAUAUUAAAAAAUCCUCGUACAGACGAAGGAACUAGAGCUAUGAUCAAAGUUGCCCGAUAUAAGUGUUUACAUGAGAGAAUAGUAGAAUUUAUGGAGAAAUUUCCAGAUUACAGUGAAUACAUUUCUUGGAAGAAAAAAAAGCGUCCAUCGAAAAGGAAAGGAAGUAAUUCUAUAGAUGAUGACCUAGAAGAGAAUCCAAAACGAUCAAGAAAAGAUACAAACACUGUAAAAGUCAGCACGCAAAAGAGAGGCAAUAAGAACAUAGACAGUACCGGUACUACCAAUCAUUUGCAAUGUACUACUCGUCAACAGAAGAAGAUCAAUGAACAGUCUAUGAAACUAUCAAAAGAAUCAGUAGAACAAAAGUUGGAAGGGGAAGAGUCGAAAUCAGUUGCUAAAGUUAUAAGUAAGGAAGCUGCUGUUAAAAGAUUUGCAGAAGUGUUGCAAGAAACAGAUAGAAAGGAGGAAGCUAGCGAGCACGAAGAGAAUAACAAUGAACAAUCGUCGAACGAUGCAGGAGAAUGUAGAAAAAGUACGGAUGACUUUUUCCUGAGCUCGGACGAAGCCGGUUCAAGCGUUACAGUCAUCCCUGCGGAGAGGAACGAGGAUCGUACCUCUGACAUUGAUCAUCGGGCAUUUAAGGCGCUUCGCAUAAGAAGCAAAGACGAGAAAUUCUCUAAAGAUAAAGGGGAAAUAGGAAGUGGUAAAGAUAUUUCUUAUGGUCCGAGUAAUACAAGAAAAACAAACGUUACGCAUUCUAAACAAAACAGGGAUGUGCGCGUUAAGAAUAAUCCUGUUAAGAGAAACGUUGAGAGCGACUCCACUAAGACAGAAGAUGAAAACCUGCAUCCUUCGUGGGUAGCGAGGAGGAAGCAGCAAGAAAUUCUGAAACAAGGUUUCCAAGGGAAAAAAAUUAAGUUUGACGAAGAUUAAGCAAAUUAAUUUCAGUAUAUUUAUUACUGUAUCAGCAUCUUUUUAUUGUAUACCUAGAAUAGAAAAUGGUCCUGUUUUAAUUCCAUUGGGCGGAAGGUUCCUUUCUUCCCUUUUAAUCCUGUACCUCUUUGUAUUCGAUGAUAGGAAUUACAGAAAACAUUACAGUGUGAUUAUUCUUUUUCAUUGAAAUAUUUAAUUAUAAUUUGAAAUCGUACAAAACGGGUAGGAUCAUUUACAAUGUUAGUUAUGCAGACAUUAAAGGUGCAUUUGAUGAAAUUUUAUCCGCGUCCAGCGCUCAAAUAGGAUUCGUACGAUCUUUAAAAGAUACGCAUUUAAUCGUGGUAUAAUUCACGUUUAAGAUGAUCGAUGCAAUGUUAUUCUGUUCUAGUCGAAGAAACGUUAGCUCACAGAACUUAACGAUCAGACUGUAAUUAAUCGAGAAGUGAAUCAUGUUAAUCAUAGGGAAUUAGUCUUUUAAGUUUAAGGCGAGUUCUUUUCAGACUUUCAAUAUGUUGUAUAUCGAAGUAGAUGUUAAGUUAUGCAAAUGCAUAGGAAACGAAAUCGUUUUUUUUACAUGUACUUGUCUAAUUCUGAAAAUAAAUUAUAAUAGGAAUAAA